UUCUGAAAUUUGUAUUUCUGGAAUUAUGAGCUCUGUGCUAUAUUAGUGUUCUCUGUUGUCUGCAUAGAUAAUAUUCUAUUCUGGAAAACUGUUGUGUUGAAAUGUGUUUUGUUUGAUAAAUUACUUUAUAAUCAGUCAAUAAUUUCUAUUCAAGUAAAUCGUUGAUACGAGUAAUGUAAAAUUAAUAAUAUUUUUCUAUUAUUAUAUUUUUUUAUUUUUAUAUUCCUCAAAUUAUUUUAAAUUACUUACAUUUUAAUUUAGAUUUAGUAAUGGAUGUUGGCGAGCUGUUGUCUUUUAAGCCCACUCCGACACCAAAAAGACCAAAUGAAGACGACAGUGGUGAUUCUGACGAUGAUCAACCACGGUCAAUAAAAAUAAGACGCUUAGCCAAAUCUAAAUCAGAUUCUAUAGCACACCAACUGACUAGAACAUUACCAAAAGAACCAACAUUAACUGAUAAGGAAAGAGAAGACAUACUUCGAUUUGUAGAAACGGAAGCAACUGAGGGAGAAAUUCUUGAUGAUACUGCUGUAAAGAAACUGGUAUUAAACUUUGAGAAGAAAGCUUUAAAGAAUAGAGAAAUGAGGAUAAAAUUUCCAGAUCAACCAGAGAAAUUUAUGGACAGUGAAAUUGAUUUACAUGAAGCAUUACAGGAUUUAAGUGCAGUGGCCACAGUUCCAGACCAAUAUCCACUAUUAGUGGAAUUGAAAUGCAUUAAUUCCUUGUUAGAAUUACUGUCACAUGAUAAUACAGACAUUUCAACUAAAGUUGUAAAUCUUCUACAAGAAUUAACUGAUGUAGACAUUUUACAUGAGAGUGAGGAAGGUGCUGAAGAAUUGAUUAAUGCAUUAGCUGAAGCUGAAUGUCCAGCUCUUCUGUUACAUAACCUAGCUCGUCUUGAUGAGCAGGUUCCUGAUGAAAGGGAUGCUGUACAUAAUACAUUAGGUAUAAUAGAGAACAUCACAGAAUUCAGGCCAGAGCUGUGUCCAGAGGUAGCAAAACAAGGAUUUUUACAGUGGAUUCUUAAAAGAUUGAAAUUAAAAGUUCCUUUUGAUGGGAAUAAGUUGUAUGCCACAGAAAUUUUAUCUAUACUUCUCCAACAUACACUUGAAAAUAGAAAACUGCUUGGUGAACUGGAUGGUAUCGAUGUGCUUCUGCAACAGUUAGCGUUUUACAAAAGACAUGAUCCUAGCGGUGCUGAGGAACAAGAAGCUAUGGAAAAUAUGUUCGAUUCCUUGUGCUGCGCUUUGAUGGAGCCCGCAAACCGCGACCGCUUUCUCCGAGGAGAGGGUUUACAACUAAUGAACUUAAUGCUUCGGGAAAAGAAAAUGUCACGAAAUGGCUCUUUAAAAGUACUUGAUCAUGCCUUAGCAGGUCCUGAUGGACGUGACAACUGCAAUAAAUUCGUAGACAUUCUAGGUCUACGCACAGUAUUUCCUUUGUUCAUGAAAACACCAAAAAGAAAAAGAUUAUUAACUGUUGAUCAACACGAAGAGCAUGUGGUGUCUAUAAUAGCUUCAAUGUUACGCAACUGUCAAGGUAGCCAGAGGCAAAGACUAUUAGCAAAGUUUACUGAAAAUGAUCUUGAAAAAGUCGACAGACUGUUGGAGUUACAUUUUAAAUAUAUGGAUAAAGUUGAUCGCACCGAAAAAGAUAUGGAGCAAGAAGCAGAAGACUUGGACGAUGACGCGCAAUAUUUGAAACGCUUGUCUGGAGGUCUAUUCACAUUGCAAUUAAUAGACAGGAUAAUUUUGGAGGUAUGCACUGCGGGCUCUACGACAGUGAAGCAAAGAGUGCAGCGUGUCUUGUCACUCCGGGGUGGCUCUUUGAAGAUUAUUCGUCACGUUAUGAGAGAAUAUGCGGGCAACCUCGGCGAUGAGGGCAGCGAGGAAUGGCGUCAACAAGAACAGCAACAUAUACUUCAACUUGUAGAUAAGUUUUAGUAUGUAAUAUGUGUUAAUAAAUCACUAAUAGAACUAUUAAAUUGCGGUAUAUUUUAAUAUGGCCUCACUUCAUUACAAUAAGUUUUUUUAAGAAAUAUGAAACAUUAGUAAACGAUUUGAAAUAACUUUAUUGGAUACAAUACAAUUUCUGCAUUAAAAUAAUAAAAAAAGAAAACAAUAUAACCUAAAUGCAACAAAUUAUGAAAAAGUAACUCGAGAUGUAAACACAAAUUGAUACCCACGCAAUAUUAUUUUAAUAGUUUGUGCUUAGUAAAUAGGUGUACAGUUUAGGCGCCACAGUAUUUUACUGUAUUAUUUUCAUACACCUAAAUACAGUCAUCCACAUGUGUGACAACAAACACUAACAUCACAGACAAAAUAUUUAAAUAAAUGCCGCAACUACAUGUGUCAUCACCAUUGUUACCCUAAGAAAAAAAUUACAUGGAUUCUGCAACAUAUUUUUUUUUAUACACAAAAUUAACGAUUGAUUAAUACGUGUAUAUAUUUGUUAGUUUCAGCUGAUAGCAAGGUAAGGUAAGGGGUUUACUAUUAAUAAUCACUUAUAUAGGAUAGUCAAGUAUGUAAAGGAUUUUUAAUGAUAUCUCCAAAAUUGCUAGUUGCAAUUGAACGUUCAUAAUCAAACUAAGUAGUAAGUAUUUGAAAAUAUAAAAGUUAAAUAAUAAGUACAUAAUGAUACUUGCCUCAAUUAGUUAUGUUUUUAUCACAGAAUACAAUUAUAUUUGUUCUACUUAGCUCAACAGAUAUUUUGCCGUAUGCCGUUUACAAACUUUAUACCCCACGUUAUAUCAAAUAUACCGUAGGAAGGAAAUGAACAAUAUUUUUAUUAGCAUAGAAUUAUAAAAUAAGUACGGAAUGGGAUAAUGUCUAUCUACAAAUGUACCGACGGACU